AAUACUUUAGCGUAUCAUGCAGGAGGAAUGUGAACUGUACUGUGGAUUUCACAAAGUUUUAGCUUUCAAAUUGCAAAUCUUUUCAGCAUGUGGAUUUUUCUAGUUUUCCUCUCCCACAUCUUCACAGUUGUGUCUCUGAAUGCUCUAACUGCUCCAGUGGGAGGAAGAAUCACAUUUCAUUGUUCUCAUAUUCUGGCCGAUGGAAACAUCAAAUAUUUUUGCAAAGGCUCUUGUUCAGAGGAAAAUAUUCUCAUUCGAUCUGAGACAGGAGUGAAUCCGUCUCACACGGGCAGAUACACUCUGUAUGAUGAAGGAUCAGACUUCACCGUGACCAUCGCUGAUCUGAGGUUAUCAGACUCUGGCACUUACAUCUGCGCAGUCGACAGACUUUUAGUAGACACUUACAACUACGUAACUUUACGUGUGAUUGAGGUCUUUACUUUGACACCUGUUCCAAGAAGUGCAUCCAGACCACCUGCAAGAAGAACAACUACAGACAUAACUGACAAUAAGAGAACAUCAGUGACAAGGCAGUUGACUGCAGACACUUCACCAAAAACAAUACGCAGAUCAGCACUGUCUGAUCCUCUGGUUUAUGUUGGAGCAGGUCUUGGUGCACUGGUGCUGAUUUUUACAGUUGUCCUCUUCAUAUUUAUCAAACUAAAGUAUAAGCUUAAGAGAUGCUCCUCCAGUUUGACAUCGUCUGUGCAACCUGAUUCUCUGAUUUAUACCACACCGAAUGUCACCUCACAGUCAGAUAGUCUGGACUAUUCCUCUGUGAAGUUUAUCAAAAAACCCAACUGCAGUGUGAAGACCAGUGAGAUGUUUGAAAUGAACCCGAAUGAACGAGUAGAAACACUAUAUUCAUCUGUUCAGAAUCAACACCAGUCAGACAUCACUGAUCCAAACUCAAUAAUCUAUUCCAGUGUUCGUAAAGGAUUGUAGAUUAGGUUGAUUUGACAAGUGCAUUUUUAAUUUAUAGUUUAAAUGUCUUUCCAUUGUUGUCAAUGCUGUACUGCAGGGGUUCUCAACUCUGGCCCUUGAACUCAACCCUGGCCCUAGAACUCAACCCUGGCCCUUGAUCUCAACUCUGGCCCUGAACAAGCUAAGAGUGUGUUUGUUUAGGGUUAGAGCUAAACUCUGCAGAACAAUGGACCUCAAGGACCAGAGCUGAGAAAUCCUGCUAUACUGAAUAUAGACUGCUUAUUGUUUGCUGGAAAUUUUUCCAUGUCUACAUUAAUAUUUUUAUACAGUGCAAGUCAGCUGUUCUUAAGACUAUGAGUCAGUAUGUAUGGCAUUUCCCCACCCUCAGUUGAUGUGUUUAAAGGUGAGGUUUGUCAUUUUUGGAUGCUAAAGUACUUUCAUAUCCACUUAUUGUGCAGAAGUAUGUCAUGCAUGGUCUUAAGGUGUUUUUUUUUUUUUUUUUUUUUUUUCACAAGUGAUCAGAUGUGUUGGAGAACUGUAAAUAAACU